AUGGCUCCUUCUUUGGUUGUUGAUGCUAACAAUGUUGAUCACGAGAACACCCCUCAAAUAGUAGAGAAAUGGUUCCAUGAUCACAUUCAGCAUCAUGCAAAACCCAAUUUCACCAAGCUCCAUUUCUUUGUCUAUGACAAUGUUACAGUUGAUAAGCCAACAUCUCUUCUUGUUGUUCCAGCCAACACUAACAAUAUAGCAUCUAUUGCUUUUGGAGCAACCUACAAUAUGGAUGCUCCGAUCACUGUUGGAUCAGAUCCGGAGUCCAAACUUGUAGGCCGAGCUCAAGGCAUGUUCACCUUUGUAGGUCAAACCGUGCAAGUUCUUUCAAUGGCUAUCAAUUUGGUAUUCACAGAAGGAUAUUGCAAUGGAAGUUCACUAAGCAUUUUGGGGAACAAUCCCAUAUCUCAUCAAUAUAGAGAAAUGCCGAUAUAG